AUGUGGACUCCAACUUUCAAAUCACUUGCCCUCAUUUUAGGGUUCGUGGGGUUCUCUCAGGCAAAACUGAAUGCCAAGGAGAACUCGACACACAUCUCCCUCUCCAAUGAUCGGCUCGAUGUGGUCUUGACCAAAUCUACUGGACAUAUCACCGAUGUCACGCUUGAUGGCCAGGACCUUCUGGGACCACAAGACGGCAACAGAGGCAAAGGACCUUACCUGGACUGCUCUUGUAUUCCCACGGGUUUCUGGACACCGGGGAGCACCGCACAGCUUCGGCUUCUCAAAGACACAGAUUCUACUGGAACCGACUAUGCUGGAAUUGUUAUGAGCGACACCUAUAAGUCAACAAACCAGACACUGUCGCAAUACUUCUUCCUCCGAGACGGAGAGACUGGACUGCACGCCUUUUCUCGUCUCACCUACUUCAAUCCAGCAACUCCGUUCCUUCGGGAUCUGGGCGAGCUCCGCACCCUCUUUAGGCCCAACACCAAGCUAUGGACGCAUUUCUCGACCAGUGAUGGCAACUACGGACCCCUCCCUUCAAUGGCCAAUUCCGUCUCGGUUCAAGAUGCGACUUGGUACGUGGGGGAUGACAAGGAUGACGCGUAUGCAAAAGAGUACUCGGAUUACUUUACCAAGUACAGCCUGUCCGAGAGCUGGCGAAAUCACGAUGUUCAUGGCCAAUUCAGCGAUGGCUCGACAAGCGAUGAUGGGAGCACUUUCGGAGCCUGGCUUGUUCACAACACGCGGGAGACAUACUACGGCGGUCCAUUACAUUCCGAUCUUGUUGUUGAUGGUAUCGUCUACAACUACAUGGUCUCGGGCCACCACGGCGCUCCCAUGCCCAACAUUACCCAUGGUUUUGAUCGCACAUGGGGACCGCAGUUUUACUACUUUAACAAGGGUGAUAAGGAUACAACUCUUGCUGAGUUGAGGGCUGACGCUGCGCAAUAUGCCAGCUCGGAGUGGAAUGUGGACUUUUACGACAGUAUCGCACACCACGUCCCCAACUACGCUCCUUCGUCAAAGAGGGUCACCUUCAAGGGAAAUAUUAAGCUCCCGAAGGGUGCUGAGAAGCCGAUCAUUGUGCUCUCUGAGAACAAGCAAGACUUUCAACUCAAUGUUUUCAACACGAAGUCACUCCAGUACUGGGCUGAGGUUGACAAAUCUGGGCGUUACAGCAUCCCCCAAGUGGUGGAGGGAACCUACCGAGUGACCAUCUACGCCGACGGAGUAUUCGGUUGGUUCAUCCAAGACGAUGUCAAGAUCUCACGAUCACACAACAGUAAGGGUUUUACCUGGCGCGAGGAAAGCUCAGGCAAGGAGAUUUGGCGGAUCGGUGUACCAGACAAAUCAUCCGGCGAAUAUCUUCAUGGGUAUGCACCUGAUACAUCCAAGCCUCUUCAGCCGGAGCAAUAUCGAAUCUACUGGGGCAAGUAUGAGUACCAAAAGGAAUUCCCCAAUGGAGUCAACUUCCACGUGGGCAAAAGCGACGAAGCAAAGGAUCUCAACUAUGUCCAUUGGUCAUUUUUCCCAUCCAAAGGCAACCAUCUACUCUCGGAACCGUAUUACAACAACGUGAACAACUGGACCAUCACGUUUGACCUUAACAAGAACCAACUGCGAGCCAGAACUGCUACAUUCACGGUGCAGGUGGCCGGUAUGAGAAGCGCCAAUGGAAACGCAAAGUGGACACCUGUGAAGGGCGGAAUCAACGACUUGCCGUGGACCGUGAACGUCAACGGGGCUUACGAAUCGACCUGGCUGAUUCCUUACUGGCGAAGUGGUUCUUGCGCUGUCCGAAGCGCUGUUGCAUGCCAGAACGUGGAACACAAGUUUGUGUUCCCGUCCUCAAACCUUCGAGCAGGGAAGAACGAGUUUGUUUUGAGCCUGCCUUUCAAUGCUUCGAGCGUUGAGACAGCCGUGUUGCCUGACUCGCUAUACGUUCAGUACGAUGCUUUGAGACUCGAACUCAAGUAG